AUGAUACAUUUGGUGCAAGUCUUAACAGUGAACAAAGUUCAACAAGAUGCAAAUGAGAAAUGCACGAGAUAUAACCCAAUCCAACAAGUGGCAAAUUGCACACGACAAUGCGGGGACAUUGAAAUCCCAUUUCCAUUCGGCAUAGAAGAAGGUUGUUAUGCAAGGAAGGCAUUUCAUCUCAAUUGCACAAAUGCCACAACCUCUACACUCCAAAUGGAAGAUGAUGAACAUCAAGUGACGCACAUAAAUCUUGACGAGGGGCUCAUCGACAUUAAAUACAUAGCAUAUUACCAACAAGACUUUUUACGGAUUUACAUUGACGAAGAACCUGAUCUUUAUAUGGGUUAUGGGGAAACAACAUCGGCACAGUGGGCUGUCGCUAAUCUAACAUGCCAAGAGGCACAGGUGGACAUGCCUAGGUAUGCCUGUGUUAGCAUCAAUAGUGAGUGCUUAGUUGUUAACUCUACACAAAAUCUUCUCUACGGUUAUCGUUGCAAAUGUUCCACGGGCUUUCAAGGAAACCCAUAUGUUCGAGAGGGUUGUCAAGAUAUUGAUGAGUGCAAUAAAACAAUUGGUAUAUGUGAAGAGGUUUGCAAUAAUAUAGUGGGAAGCUACCAUUGCAGCAAGUGUCCUGAUAAAAUGGAGUAUGAUACAACAACAAGGAAGUGUACUUCAAUAAAAAGACAAAAUAUUUACUUGGGUAUUAUCAUUGGGUUGACUGGUGGCUUCGGGGUUAUACUUCUCAUCUUGAGUGGACUUUUCAUGGUACACAGAUGGAAAAGAUACAUUCAAAGGCAGUUACGAAGAAGAUAUUUUAGGAAAAACCAGGGUCUUCUUUUAGAACAACUUAUAUCGUCGGAUGAAAAUGCAAGUGACAAAACAAGGAUUUUCUCUGUGGAAGAGUUGGAAAAGGCAACAAACAACUUCCAUCAAACGCGCAUCGUAGGCCGUGGAGGGCAUGGCAUGGUUUACAAAGGCAUAUUAUCUGACCAAAGGGUAGUCGCCAUAAAAAAGUCAAAGGUCAUUGAGGAAGGUGAGAUCAAUCAAUUCAUCAAUGAGGUAGCGAUCCUCUCCCAAAUAAACCACCGGAACAUCGUCCAGCUCUUUGGAUGUUGUCUGGAAACCGAGGUACCUCUGUUAGUGUACGAUUUUAUCCCAAAUGGAUCAUUGUUUGGUAUUCUUCAUUCUGAUUCUAGCACUAGCUGUUUAUCUUGGGAUGAUUGCAUAAGGAUUGCUGUGGAAGCUGCAGGAGCCCUGUCUUAUCUCCAUUCUGCAGCCUCGAUAUCGGUCUUUCAUCGUGAUGUGAAAUCAUCCAAUAUACUAUUGGAUGGAAACUUCACAGCUAAAGUUGCAGAUUUUGGGGCUUCGAGACUAGUUUCUAUUGACCAAACUCACAUUGUGACAAAUGUACAAGGCACAUUUGGGUACUUGGAUCCUGAGUAUUACUACACUGGACAAUUGAAUGAGAAAAGUGAUGCCUACAGUUUUGGCGUCGUACUCAUUGAGCUACUUCUCAGAAAAGAGCCAAUAUUCACAAGUGAGUCAGGAUCGAAGCAGAACUUAUCAAAUUAUUUUCUUUCAGGGUUGAAAGCGAGGCCAGUUACAGAAAUAGUGGCUGCCCAAGUUCUGGAUGAAGCCACUGAGGAAGAGAUUAGCAGCGUGGCUUCCCUUGCAGAGAUGUGCUUGAGGCUCCGAGGCGAGGAUAGACCUACCAUGAAGCAGGUAGAGAUGGCUUUGAGGGUUCUGCAAACAGAAAGGUUAAAAUUGUGCCAUGCUGAUCCAGGGAACGGACAAGAGAAAGAACCACUGCUAACUCCAGCAAGAGAAGAAGAUAGCUCUGAUCAGUUGGUUGCUUCUGAUUGUGUCACUGCUAAUUUGGCAUCUAAAAACAUGAAACAGUGCUAUAGCUUUGAGCAAGAGUUCAUGUCAUAUGAUGGUGUUUCACGCUAGAUUGUGUAUGAAUCUGGAACAUAUGCACAUUUUAAGGUCAAGCACCAUAUGUACCCAUGUAGUAUGUAGUGUAAGUUUUACUUCACAGGUCUGUUGUGAAGAAACUAUUAUACAAAACUUUGUG